AGGUUUAAUUCUAAAAAUAAUGGAAGAACAAAAUAAAUAUCAAGGAUAGAAUGUAUUAUUAGUAGAAAUUGGUGCGAGGGUGUCGCACUGUCACAGGUGCGGUGACUAUAAUAUAUUUUCCAGAUUCUUGACCAUUGGCUAAACGGCAAAAGAAUAGAUAAUAAAAUGAUUGCCGGCGCCCGGCAGGUUUGUUUCAAACGCUUGAUGUUCGGCUCAUCGGCUUUUGCCACUUGCUAUUUGGCCAGUGCCCAGUUGUACAAGUGAUUCAGUUACAGAUGGACGUCUCUCGCUGAUUGCCGACUGAUAAUUUGGCAUUUGAUCUAUUACAUCGCUUUUUAUCAUAUGCAUAUUUGAAAAUACAGAAGUAAAAAUUAAAAAUUAUUUUGAUUAUUGAUACGGUAUUAUGAAUUUGAUACUAUUUUGAAGGAGCAAUUAUGGGUGAUUUAGAAGUGCUGACUCCACUGAUAAAUAGUCAAGAUUCACUGUGUAGUCAGGAUCAAGUAUCUAUAGCAGAGCAUUUAAAUGCAUGGGGGCGUUUGUAUCCGGAGAACGAAUGUUUAAAAAUUGAAGACUUAGUGAAGGAUAAUUAUAAUGCAGGUCGUCAAACUAAUGAUGUUGACUUUCAAUUUACAAAAGAAUGCUUUAGUUUAAAAGUUAUGAAUCAUAUAAGCAAGAUUCAUUUCACUAUAAAUCGUGAAAAGAUUGGGACAUUAGAUCAUGUAGUGUUUAUUACAGACACAAGUGCAAAUGGUACAUUUUUAAAUGGCGAAAAAAUUGGAAAAGAUAAUCGUUGGAUUUUAUCAAAUAAUGACAAAAUUUCCAUUGUUUCCAAAGCUAAUUAUGUAUAUACAUUUACUGAUAAACGUUCAGAUUAUUUAAAUUAUCCACAAAAAGUUAGAGAACAAUUUGCUGUUUAUGGAAUAUUGGGACGAGGAACUUUUGGUGAAGUCAGAUUAGCUUUUGAAAAAAAAACUUCAAAAUGCUUUGCAUUGAAAAAAGUGAACAGAGAGAGUUGUAUUGUGUUAAGAGAACCUGAUAUUUUAUCAAGCUUAUCUCAUCCAAAUAUUGUAAAUAUGGAAAAUUUUAUUGAUACUACUGAUGCGAUUUACAUUACUUUGGAAUACAUGCCUGGAGGAACUUUAAAGCAACUAAUAGAAAAUACUAAACGUUUAAAAGAAUCAGAAUCCAAAAUAAUUUUAUAUCAAGUUGCUCGAGCCGUUCAGUAUUUACACAAUAGGUCAAUUGCUCAUAGAGAUCUUAAACCAGGAAACAUUUUACUCUCCGAUAAGUCUCCUCUAAGUGUUGUAAAAUUGGCUGAUUUUGGGCUGUCUAAGAAAAUAACUGAAAACACACAUUUGAAAACAUUUUGUGGUUCAUUAGCAUACCUUGCUCCAGAAGUAUUUUCAAAUCGAAAAAUUGUAACUCAAUCAUGUAUUAAAUAUACUAAUAAAGUAGAUUCAUGGAGUUUUGGUGUUAUUUUAUAUGAGUGUUUAAGUGGUUAUAAACCUUUUGUUGGUGAUCAUAUAGAAGAAAAGAUUAUUAAAGGAGUAUACAAUUUAUCUAAACUUAAAUGCUUUAACACUUCAAAUGUUGCACAAGACAUUAUUAAGCAGUUAUUAACAACUGAUUACAAUAUGAGGUUUGAUUUUGAUAAAAUAUUGAAACAUAUUUGGUUUGAAAAAGAUACGCUUAUGAAGGAGAAAGUUGGUAAUCUCAUUGCUGAAUUUUCAAAUAGCACAAAGCCUAGUAAUAAUUUUUCAUCUAAUAAAGAAAAUGUUACAAAAAAAAUUAAGUUUUGUUCCUGCCUUGCACAAGACACUUGUUCUGAAUCUCUACGUACCUGAAUAGAUUUAAGUAUGUACUUAUAAGUUAUAAAAGAACUAUAUUUUUUUUAUAUUACCAUGAAUUAUUAGUAAAUAAUGUUAAGUUUAUUUUAAAUUGUAAUCAUUUUUUUUUUUUUGUUAUUGACUGUUUAUAAAGUGUUGAAAUCAAAUUCCUUAUUUAUUAUGUUUAUUGUAUUCAUUAUCAAAAUGCUGACAUAAUUUAUACUUUCUUGCUUUAACAAUUUUUAUUCUUAUAGAAUUGUAAUAUUAACAUUAGAUGUAUUUA